GUGCACCUGUAUAUAUAUAUGUGUGUGCACCUGUAUAUAUAUAUGUGUGCAGUUCCGCCAGGUAAAAUCAUAGGUUACCUCAGUAGCUCUUAAAAAGGACCAUCCCAGGCAGCACUAGCCUCGGGCGUUUACAGGUGUUAUAAAAGAACUGGAGCUCUGUCUUUCAUACCUGCUGAUUCACCCAGGCUCAACACUGUCUCGCUCUCUGGCUGGUUAGAUUGCUUUCUAUUUCCUGCACAGAGCAAACGUUGCAGCAAUGCCUACGCCCGGUGUGUGUAUGAACAUCAUUAAUGCACGUCACCUGAAGGAUGGUUUUGGGACUGUCGCCAACCCUAAGAAGUUCCUCAACCAAGACUUCCAGCAGCUGAAACAGUACUGCCUUGUCAAACAUGUAAGGUACAUCGAUGAGAUGUUCCCCCCAGACAGGACUUCCAUAGGCAAAGGGGUACUGAGCCCUGAGGACCUGAGUCGUGUGGUGUGGAUGAGACCAGGGAAAAUUGUCUCCAAUCCAUCUUUUACUGUUGAUGGAGUCUCCAGGUUUGACUUUGGUCAAGGCAUAAUUGGAAACUGCUGGUUUCUUGCAUCUAUUGGAGCUCUUACAUUCCAGAAUUACAUCCUUGAGCAAGUUGUUCCUCUUGACCAAAAAUUUUAUGAGAACUACUGCGGGCUGUUCCACUUCAGGUUCUGGAGAUUUGGAAGAUGGGUGGAUGUUGUCAUUGAUGACAAGCUACCAACAAUCAACGGGAGAUUAAUAUUCGUUCACUCCAAAGACCCAACUGAGUUCUGGCCCGCUUUGCUGGAGAAAGCCUAUGCCAAAGUGUGUGGUUCCUACUCGGACAUGAAUGCUGGAACUCCUUCAGAGGCCUUGGUGGACUUCACUGGUGGUGUUCACAUUUGUGUCCAGCUGUCAGACCCUCCUCAAAACCUGUGGGAGCUGAUGUGCAGAGCUGGACAGUCCAAGUCACUGAUGGGCUGUGGUACACCACAGGGGGAGACAUCUGCCAACACUGUACUACCAAAUGGACUGGUCCAAGGCCACGCCUACACUGUCACUGGUGUGAAACAGGUCACAAGCCAAGGAGGACUAGUAAACCUGGUGCGUUUGUGGAACCCCUGGGGCCAAGGAGAGUGGAAGGGAGACUGGAGUGAUGGGUCGCCUUUGUGGCAAACAGUGAAUCCUCAAGAUCGUGAGAUGUGCCUCUCCGUGAAUGAUGAUGGCGAGUUUUGGAUGAGAUUGGAAGACUUCUGUCAGUUCUACUCGGAUCUCGACAUCUGCUGCCUGUGUCCCGACUUCCUUGAUGGAAGCUCUUCUUGCCACUGGAAGACCUCCUUCUAUGAGGGCAGAUGGGUUGCAGGAACUACGGCUGGAGGAUGCAUGAAUAACCUUGAGAGCUUUUGGACUAAUCCACAGUAUCGAGUCAACAUUGAGAAACUGCUCGGUGAAUGUUCUGAGACACAGGGCGAGAAAAACAUGCUGGUGUCUCUCAUGCAAAAGCCUGAUAAGAGGAACCGACGGCUGGUCCAAAGUCUCCACAUUGGAUUCUCGGUAUUUGAGGUGACCGAAGAAUACAAGGGACGCAAGGGGAAAUUCCCGGCCUCUUUCUUCGGCAAUAACAAACCUGUGGCCCAAACUAAAACGUACUUGAACUCACGUGAGGUGAUGGAGUUCUUUAUGCUGAAGCCUGGUGAAUACCUGAUUGUGCCAUCCACCUUCAGUCCCAAUGAGACAGCCUCCUUCAUCCUGACCAUCCUCUCCAAGGCAGAGACCCACGUCCAUGAGAAUUCUGGUGGCAAUAGCCACGAACAUGGGGAAACAGAACAGUCUGAAUCAGCUGAAAAUGGAGAGGAUGCCGAAAAUCAGAGAAGCUUGUUCCGUCAGUUCUCUGACAAGUAUGAAGAAGUGGAUGCUGAGCAGCUCCAGAUGCUUCUAAAUGAACACAUCUUGAAAGGUGACUUGAAAUCGGGAGGCUUCAGCAGUGACGCCUGUCGCAGCAUGGUUGCUCUGAUGGAUUCAUCAAUCACUGGCAAACUGAACAGUGAGGAAUUUGUUCGUUUGUGGAGGAAGAUCGUCACAUACAAGGACAUAUUUUUCCGCACGGAUGUUUCACAAACAGGAACACUGUCACUGAAUGAGCUCAGGAAUGCAAUCAUGGCUGCAGGAAAGAGGGUCAGUGAUGACAUGCUGAAUCUGAUGGCUCUGCGUUACGGCAACUCUUCCGGAGUCAUAACACUGGAGAACUUCGUCAGUCUAAUCCUUCGCUUCGACUGCAUGGGCCAAAUCUACGGCCAGUUGUCUGAUGGAAAUGCCAUGACUCUUGGUGAAUCAGAGUGGAUGUACCUUUCAAUGUACACUUAACUGAGCAGAGAAAACAACCUGCAGGAUUCAUCUGGAAUUACAGCAGAUGAUAUGAAAGAAUAUAAAUACAAAAUGUGUUCUUCAGCAAAUGAGCUAUUAUGAGGUAUGAAACAACAGGGCAUUUAUUUUUAACUUUUAUAAUAUUAGGGUUAUGAUAAAAACUGUACUCUUGUUCUCUUUACUGGGAUCUCUCUCUAUCUCUCUUUGUUCUUCCACAGUAGAAUGGGAGAACAAACAGGAGGAACCUGUACAACAUAGCUAACACAGGCUACAAAUUUUUUAAAUUAAAGCAGAAAUUUGACAACAUUGCCUCCUUGUCAGUACAAGGACAAAAUUUAUAUAGCAACAACAAAAAACUUCUAUUUCAUGUAUGCUGUCAUUCCUUCUUAGAUUGUGAUUAGAAAAUGUUCCAUUUGUCACAAAUGCUAUAUUUACUCCUGAAAAACUGAAAUGUCUUAACAAUUAUUGGAUGGAUUUCCAUCACAUGUGGCACACACAACCUCAGGAGGAAUUGUGAUCAUGAUAGUGAUUCCAUAACUUUUCAUCUCAUGCUAUCACCAGGUCAGAAUUUUACAGUGUCUAGUACUUAUUUAGCUUUAUGUGUGUUAGCACGUUAACAUGUUAAAUAAAGGUGGUGGUGGUGUCAUUUUACAAGCCAAAUAUCAGCAUGUUAGCACUGACAUUGUGAAAAUGUCAGCACACUUACAUUAGCAUUUAACCUAAAGCACCACUGUGUGUACAAUGUCACAUAGCUGCGAGCAUCUGUAGACUCAAGGUCUCAAGUGUUUAAGCUAGUGUCUGAGUUCUUUCAUUUUGAUAGUGUGUUAUUACAUUUUCUUUUUUAGGUGGGAACAAGGUUUUAAUCACUUUGUACUGUGCAAAAUAAAGACAUUAAACAAACA